UUAUUUCAUUAUAGAUUAAGAACAUGUAUUCAACACUGAACAGCAACUCAUUUGAUGAGUUUCGGUAUCAUCGGCAUUUGUUGAGAAAUGGUUACCCGCUUGUAAAGCAACAUGUCCCAGGGAGAUAUUUGUGCCCUCUUUGUCCCAAACCUGAUGAAGCUGGUACUCUGAUUGAAUCAAUGGAUGCUUGUUUUGGUCUUGUGAGAAAAAAGACUUCAGCGAAGGCUCAGUUCUUGUCAAGGCAUAAUUCCAUUUUGUUCCACAAUCAAGAAGAAGUUGAUUCAUUUGUUGAUAACUACACUUCAAGUGCUGAACAAGCUAAAACUGAUUAGUCAGUAUAAACCGGAAGAAUGUAUCCUUCGUGUGUUCGACUGCUUUUACAGUUGGCAAUAAGAGUCGCAAAGGCAUUAGGUUUGAAAAAAU